AUGGGUAAAUUCGAAAAACUCUCAGAACAACAACAAGAUCAAAUCCGUAUUGCUUUCAAACAAUGCGAUAAGGAUGGUAACAAUGUCAUUGAUGUUACAGAAUUGAAGGAAAUUCUGAAGGCAUUAGGUGAAGAAGGUACUGAUACACAAGCCAAAGAAUUGAUGAAAGAAAUUGAUGACGAUGGAAAUGGACUUAUUACGUUUGAUGAAUUCAAAGAAGCCAUGGCCAGCUGGAUGAUGCAAUAA